AUGGCGGCCCUGCGGCUCGGCAGCGGCGGAUGCGGAUCUAGCUUUGAUCUGGGAUCUAUGGCCGAACGCUCGAAGUCACGGAAACGAAAAGUCCAGCAUGACCAGGACCCGCAGGACGGGACCGGGUCCACCGAGGGGCCCCGCUGCGACAAGAGGCACAUAGCUGCUGUGGUUCUGGCCCGGGGGGGCAGCAAGGGGAUCCCCCUGAAGAACAUCAAGCUGCUGGCGGGAGUCCCGCUGCUCGCAUGGGUCGUGAGGGCGGCCAUCGACUCCGACAUGUUUGGCAGUGUGUGGGUGUCAACGGACCACGAUGAGAUCGAAAAAGUGGCCAUUUCCUGGGGGGCCAAAGUCCACCGGAGGAGUCCGAAGGUGUCCAGGGACUGCUCCACCUCCCUGGAGACCAUCCAGGAGUUCAUCACGAUCAACACCGAGGUGAAGGUGAUCUGCAACAUCCAGGCCACGUCUCCGUGUCUCCACCCGUCUCACCUGCAGCAGGCCUUGAAGAAGGUCCUGGAGGACGGCUACGACUCCGUCUUCUCCGUGGUCCGGAGACACCAGUUCCGCUGGAAGGAGGUGAAGAAAGGAAGUACUGAAUGCACUCAUCCCGA